AUGGGUUUUCUCAAUACUUCAAUGCUUUGGAUACCCCUCCGCAUCAUAGUUGAUAUGCUAUGGUGGCCCACCUCCAACGAGACCCCGCCUCCCCCACCUAUGAUAAAGUUCGACCCUGAGAACGUGCAAGACGACUCUGUAGUGGAGCUCAACAAGCUGCUUCCUUGCUGCACCUUGAACACCGAUUACAAGAACAGUAAAUCCAUCGAUUCCGUGAAGGAGAUCUGGAUUCCUGUCCCGAUGAAUAUCAGCGUCCUUGCUGCUCUGCAUUUUGAUAUGCACAGACAAAUCCGCGAGGGCAACGACAUCAAUGCGGUGGGUUUCCAUCUGGUCAACCCCUUUCACGUGCUCAUCCCGUUGCAGUUCUACGACGACGACAUGAAUUUCGACUACAAUCUCGUCAUACUCCCCCGGUUGUCCCAGCCCGAAGAUCUCCGUUCGAGCAAAGACAUCCGGCUGCUCUGUGCCCCCAUCCCUUUCCACCCCCUUUACCACUGUGGCAUUGUCUGUGCUGGCGAGGAGCUGCUCAGACUCUUCCCCGACGGACGGUUCGACAAAACCAUGUUCUCCGGUAUCGAUUCCACAGUGGUCCAUAACAUGGAGGCGGCGUUCAUGAUCUACAAAAGAUGGAUCACGAGAAACCCGCCCCCUCGGUAUAUGUCUACCCUCUCCUGUUCCAGACAAGACAACCACCACCACAGGAACGAUGUUGCCAGCGGUCCGCUGCUACAGCCACACGAGGCCAAAGCACUGAAACGCCGUCACUCGUGGUAG